AAGCUGUGUCUCAUGAGCAUUCAUGACACAUUGGUCUGAUUCCAGAGACCAGAGAAAGCCUGCUGAAGCUGUGUUGUUGUUGUACUGCUGCAGAUAUGGCUGAUGGUGUGGAUGAGCGAUCCCCUUUAUUGUCAGCACCUAACUCUGGGAAUGUCACACCUACAGCACCUCCGUAUUUAAUACAAGACAACAACCCGAGAGCAGAACUGCCUCCUCCUUACACAGCAAUUGCCAGUCCGGAAGCUGGUGGGGUGCCAGUAAUAAACUGCCGGGUGUGCCAAUCUCUGAUCAAUCUGGAUGGCAAGCUUCAUCAGCAUGUGGUUAAAUGCACUGUUUGCAAUGAGGCUACGCCAAUCAAAAACCCUCCCACUGGAAAGAAGUAUGUGAGGUGUCCGUGUAAUUGUCUUUUAAUCUGUAAAGAUACAUCCAGGCGGAUAGGAUGCCCAAGGCCGCACUGCAGACGAAUAAUCAACCUGAGCCCUGUGAUGGUGAUUCCAGAGGAGCAGCCUGCACAGCCUGCCCUGCCAGUCCAGCCUGAAGGGACUCGAGUCGUGUGCGGUCACUGCGGCAAUACAUUCCUGUGGAUGGAACUCCGAUUCAACACGUUGGCAAAAUGCCCACAUUGCAAAAAAAUAUCUUCUGUAGGCAGUGCACUCCCACGGAGACGUUGCUGUGCGUACAUCACCAUUGGUAUGAUAUGCAUCUUCAUUGGAGUUGGAUUAACUGUUGGAACCCAAGACUUUGCUAGACAUUACCAUGCAACAUACGUAUCCUGGGCUUUUGCUUACCUCUUGGGUUUGAUCUGUCUGGUCCGAGCCUGUUACUGGGGAGCCAUAAAAGUCAGCUAUCCUGAGCACACCUUUGCAUAGACUUAACUUUUAUCAAUUUAUGCUUUAUUUAUUUUUUUGGAAUUCAGACGUUUUGUCGUGGAUGCUAGGCGGUGGACUUACAUGUUUCUUCCUUUUAAGUAUUAAGUUACCAACUAGACCAAAAGAGGUAGUCUUUUAAGAACAAUUGCCCAUUGCACUACAUUUGUAUGCAGUUCCUCAUUUUUCUUGCUGCUAAAUUUUCCAGCUACUAAGACUUAAAGCUGAGUUUAAAAAAAAAAACUGCCUAUGUAUUACAGUGUACAAACCUUUUAACGUUGUAUUUUUUUUUUAUGAUUCUAAAAUCCAUUAGUGCUAUUGACAGAAUGACAAGUCUCCAUUGUAAAGGGACAAGCUUUCUGAAACCACUCAUGUUUAUACCUGUAUCUUAAUAUUAAUUAACUUAAUGCUGUACUGCUUGCUUUGAACUAUAAGCAAUAAACCGUAUUUUCUUUGUCA